CAAGCACUUAGCGACCGCUGAUUUCUUUGCUGUCCAAGAAACUCGCAAAAAUCCAAGCUUUUUCUCUUCAGAUCGAUAGAAAACGAAGAAUUUCAUCGGAAUCUCGGGACUAGUUUGAGUUCAGGUCACUUUUCUCAAUUUCGGACUGUGUUUUUUCUUCUAAGAUGGGUAGGCCCUGCUGCAAUGUUUGUGGCCGAAGCUUCCCGACUCGAAGAGCACUCGGAGGACACAUGAGGAUUCAUCUUCUUCCGAAUUCUGAUAAGGAGCCAAUGAGCAGGUAUGGAUUUAGAGUGAAUCCAAGGAAGACAUGGAAAUUGAUGGAGAAUGAGAAUGAUAUGCUCUGUUCAAAGUGUGGGGAGAAAUUCAGAUCUUGGAGUUCUCUUUUUAACCAUACGAAAUUUCAUUCUGAGACGGAAGGGGAUCAGCUCAGGGAAGAGGAUGAGGAUUUUGAGGAAAAAAAUAUGAAUUCAAAUCGUAACGGAAGUUAUGAGGAGGGAGGAGAUGGAAUUGAGACCCAGUCUGAUAGCGAAGUUAAUGCAAUGGAGAGGAGCGGAUCAUUGGGUUCAUCAAUAGCGUACGAGAUUGAGCAAACGGCGGGUGCUUUUUGUCUGAUGAUGCUCUCCAGAGGCGCUGGUUCUGUUACAGAUUCAUCAGAUAAGGCUUCAGUGGUUACAGACGAUGAAGUUGAGAAGCGCAAGUCAAAUUCAGGUUUCCCACAAUGCGAUUCUGAAAUGAAUGAGCUCGCAAUGAUUCCAUCCGUCCCAAAAUUUGAUUUUGGAAUCAACGAGCUCGAAAAAAUUCAAUCUUUUCCGUCAGUAUCUGAAUUUUCUCUCAAGCUGAGGAAGUCAAAGGCCUCUUCUCGUAGGAAGGAUCUCCAUUAUGUUGCUUCAGGGAUUGAGAAGCAAAGCAGGUAUAACUGUAAAACAUGCGGCAGGACCUUUCCGACUUACCAGGCUCUUGGUGGUCACAGGGCAAGACAUAUGAGGAUCAAAGUUCCUUCCUUUUCUGAAGUUCUUGAUACCAAAGAACUCAAAAUUCAGAAUCAUGGAUCCAAAUUUUAUGAGUGCUCAAUUUGUGGUAAGAUUUUCGCAUCUGGUCAAGCUCUUGGUGGUCAUAAGAGAUCACACUUGGUUGCAGCAGAUAACGCUGCUUCUGCUCCUGCUCCUGCUGAGGCUGUUCAAGCUUCAGCUGCAGUAAUUGCUAACAUGGAACAGGUAAGUUCUGUUUUUGACACGCUAGAUCUCAACCUUCCAGCUAUGGAAGAUGAAAGUUAUGGUGAUUAUGAUGACAUGACUGAGGAUUCGAUCUGAUGCAUCUGACAUUUAUGGACUGAAAGCUGUUCUAAUUCUUGUUCAAAUUCUUCUUUGAAUUUGAAACGGCUAAUUAUUCUUUCUUGAUUGUGGUUUCUUAGAAUAAAGCUGCGGUGAUGCAGCAAGUUAUUUAUG